AUGUUAUUCUUUGCAAUGUCUCUUGACUGUUUUCACAUGAUGAUAGUUUCAAAGUACUUUCUGACAUACAAAGACUUUUACCGAUUGAUUCAAGUGAGUACAAAGUAUUCCAAUUUACUCACAAAAUUCCAUUUCAACCCGAUUCCAUUGACUCGCAAAACACUCAAAUUCUUUCCCCGACUGGAGACUCUUCACAUCUACUCAGAAAAGUCCGAGAACUUUGGUAACACCCCAUUUCUUUCUUUUCCUCCGGGGAGUUUAAAUUUGCCACAGAAAGUUUCGAAGUGUGAAAUUCCCUUCUAUCAAGUCGUUUUUUGGUUCAUUGUAGAUUUUGGUAUUACGCAACUCCCACACAAUCGAACCAAAAAUUACGUCUUUAAAAACGUGUGUUAUACCAUGGACGACAGAAUCCGAUUUGGUCGAACCAUUCCCCCAAUCGUCACCAUUUUGGGGCCAAACUCCUUUUUUGGCGACGCUAAACUGACGUCACUUGUCGUCCCAAAUUUGGUCUCGGGGAUCUGCCACAACGCGUUUGGGUUCAGCAAAUUCCUCAGAAAUGUGACACUUCCCAAUUCAUUAAUUUGGCUGAAAAACUCUGUUUUUGAGUCGUGUGAGUCAUUGACCGAAAUUUGUCUUCCGUUGAGUCUUACUAGCAUUGGGGAAUCUUGUUUUGUUCGGUGUAUUUCAUUGACUAGUAUUACAAUUCCAAGUUCCAUCACAGAAAUACCAAAUUUUUGCUUUUCACAUUGUCACGCACUGCAAGAGGUUUUACUCCCGAAUUCUAUAGUCCAAGUUGGUCAAAGUUCGUUCACAAAUUGUAACAAAUUGACUGUUUUUGAUGUGCCGUUACAAUUAAAAACACUUUCUUUGGGGGUUCUAGCGCAAUGCAGUAAAUUGGGUUCUAUUUUUAUACCAAGUUGUGUCGUUUUUAUUGAGAAAUUGGCGUUCUCUGCUUGCUUUACACUCUCUAAUGUCAUCUUCAGUGAAGGACUCAUCUCAAUUGGACAAAACACGUUUUCGAAUUGUUAUAAUAUCAAAGAAAUCAACUUACCAGAAAGUAUCAGCUACUUGGGACCGUUUUGCUUUGGUGGAUGUACUUCGCUCAGAGAAAUUAAUAUUCCAAAUAACGUCACGGUGCUUGAAAAUAAUGUCUUUUUGAACUGUAUUUCACUUGACAAAAUCAAAAUGUCGACAAGGUUAAGUGAAAUUGGCGUGUCAUGUUUUGGUGGGUGUCUCAAUUUGGAACAAAUAGAUAUGCCAGAGUCACUUGAGAAAAUACACAAUUACUGUUUUCAAGGAUGCGCUUUUUUGAGAAACAUCGCGUUGCCAAAAAAUGUGACAUAUGUGGGAGGGUCGUGCUUCUCUGGAUGUCACUUGCUCACAAAAAUCGAAGUUUACAAGCACUUCAAAAAGGAACAAAUCAAAGAAGGAAAACUGUUUAUUGUUAUUAAAAACUAA